AUGGCCUCAGAUUGUGGAACUUUGACAAAAAGAGUUGGUUAUUCUGGACAGACUUGGAAUACAACAGGGAGUUAUAUCACUUUGAAUGUUGUGUGAGUGUACAAAUUGACAUCCACUUCUACAUAUAUAAAUGGCAUAAAGAUAGAUGUCACAGUGUUCGCUAGCUCUUCAGCUUAUGAUGAUGACAAGGAGAGUUCUAUGAGCACUGGAGGCACAAAGACAGUGUCUAUAGAUUGGGACUUUGCGAUUUACAUUGUAGUUCACCCUACCUCAUCUAGCAAUGCUAUAGAUAUUGACUAUAAAGCGGUAAGAACAGUAAAGUAAGAUUUUGAGUACUUUUGAAAAGAACAGUGAGUGUAGGAGCAGUUAUUGGGAUUAUCCUUGGCAGCAUUUGUUGUUUCAUUAUAAUUAUCGGUGGAAUAAUCGGUACAGCUGUAUUUUGCUCUGUCAAGAAAGCUCAAAUGGGUUUAAGAAAUCAAGCCGAAACAAAUAAUGGUGCUGCUACUGCUGUUCAAAUCAGUCCACAGCAUCAAAUGAUUACUGAUCUAGCUCCUUAACCUCUUUAUAUGACUCGUAGGGAUUUAUGAUUUUCUUGAGAAUCAGCAUAAGCUAGCUUUCUAGAUUUAUCUUUGUUUUGGAAGAGUUCUC